GUUUUUACUCUCCAGUAGGAGCUAAGAAUGAUUUUUCCUUUUCCAAUUGGCUGUGCAAGGAGGAACUCCACACACAGACGCCGAGCAAGAAAUGAAACCGUCCAAGUUAAUUUCACAGUAGUGAGCAUAGUUCGCUUUUGCAGAGGUGAUUGACAUGCUUCCUGUUGUGGUGGUCCAAGGAGGGGCGGGAUAUGUGCCCAGUGAGAAAUCAGAAGCGUCCAAGGCUGGGGUUUGUGCAGCUGCCCGAUCUGGGUAUGCUGUCCUCCAGAGUGGGGGAAGCAGCAUGGAUGCUGUGGUUGAGGCUGUGAGCAAGCUGGAGAAUGACCCCAACUUCAAUGCAGGAUGUGGGUCAGUGCUAACCACGGGUGGAAAUGUGGAGAUGGAUGCCAUUGUGAUGGAUGGGAAGACACUGGCUAAUGGUGCUGUUUCUGCUGUGCGCAAUAUAGCCAACCCUGUGCAGCUAGCAAGACUGGUAAUGGACAAGACCAGUCAUAACUGUCUGACAGCACAUGGUGCUAAUCAGUUUGCCCAGGCCAUGGGUGUCCCUGAGGUGCCCCAAGAAUCCCUCAUCACUGAAUACUCCAUAAUGCGUUGGAGAAAAAACCUGGCACAUGAUGCCAACCCUGUGGAGAGCCAAAUGGGAAAGAUGGGCACCGUUGGAGCAGUGGCAGUUGACAAAGAAGGCAAUGUAGCAUGUGCUACUUCCACUGGGGGAAUUCUGAACAAGAUGGAAGGACGUGUGGGUGACACACCCUGCAUCGGAUGUGGAGGUUUUGCAGAUAAUCAAGUGGGAGCUGUGUCAACUACAGGUCACGGAGAGGCCAUCAUGAAGGUUACUCUUGCCAGACUCAUCCUGUUUCACAUGGAGCAAGGUCAAUCAGCAGAGGCCGCCUCUGACUUGGCCUUGGACUAUAUGAAGUCUAGAGUGCAGGGAUUGGCCGGGGUGGUGACAGUGGAUCCCCAGGGUCACUGGGCUGCGUGCUUCAACACUCUUCAAAUGGCUUGGGCCGCAGUCCAGAAGGACACCCUACACUACGGCUUGUACGUCGGCGAGCACUUUACCCAAGGCAUUGAUGAACCUUAAUGAGAGAAAACACAACACUGAGGGAGGUUUGCUAUAAUAACUUCUCAGAUAAAAAAAAUAGUACUCCCAAAAAUGUGUCUGUCUAUCACUGUCUAUCGGACAGCUUUCGAUUAUGAAUCUGCUAAUUUUGAACCUAUUACCUGCCAAGUUGCAUUAUGGACAUACAAUAAGCAUACAAUGUCAAGCAAGAUUUAAAGAAUUGCAUCAACACCAAACUGAAUACAUUUUGGAUGUAAUAUCUAAUUAUAUUUCACUAAAAGACGAUCUACCUUAAGUGUUUUUUUUUAUUAUUUCUUUUAGAACUAAUAACCCUAUUCACAAAUCAAUUGAUGGCGCUUACAGUUUGAAACCACAGGAUGGUGCUGUUGUAAACCCCGCAAAAUGGGAAAUGGGUUUAUAAUUAAAUGAAAAUGAAAUAUUUUAUUACAUGUGAUUUUAAACAAUAAAAUGCUGAUUUGGA